AGAUUCGGCUUCCAUGACACUUCCACCAUAGACGCGCUACUUGACAAGGAUGAGGUAUCUUUGGGAGCUAUACUGGACGAGGACAAUAUUUUGCAAGAAUGCAAGGCCCAGAAUACGCGUCUCAUCGACUACUUCCAAAGGGUAGACGUCCUCCAGCAACUGUUUGGUUACGUCUCUGGGAAUAUAGAAGCGGAUGGGGAGGGCAAAUUCAAAUACCCUUAUAUUGCAACAGAAGUGCUGUGUAGCGAACUGUGGACCAUUGUCGAGACGUGCUUGAAUAACCAGGACCGGCUGUUGGCCCCCUUCUGGGAUGCCGUGCUGGACCGGGACAUUGCCGACUUGAAGGAGAAGAACAUCAUGGCUUCUCACUUCGCCAAAAUCAAUGCCACAUUUCUAAUGAAGAAACCACAUGAGAUGCUCGCUUUUAUCCAAGCGCUACCCAACAUUGUAGAACGCAUUCUACGGCACAUAGAGACACCCGCGGUUGUCGAUUUAUUAGUGCGAAUCAUCCAGUUGGAUGAGUAUGCACCGGGGACGGGUGUGCUAGAAUGGCUUUCAAAAGAACGCUUAAUACCGCGACUAGUGGAGCUCAUGUCUCCAUUCCACCCUGCUUCUACGCAUGCCAUCGUGGCAGAACUGGUAAAAGGGAUAAUAUCCAUGUCGGCACCUUCUCCAGGAGCGGGCAUUACAGACGGACUUCAGAACGGACCGGCGUCAAACCUUUUCGCCCGACAACUUGCUCGAAAAGAAAACAUAGAAAGGCUGGUCGGUUUCAUGCUUGAUGAUUUCUCAUUCGAGAUGGAACUGUUAGAGGCAAAGAAAGAGCUAACUAAUGGAUCGAGCCCUGAGCACGCAGAAGUACCUUCAGAUAUCGUCACGUCACCACCAUCUUCUCCGCCAAUUCCAAAUCUUGAUACCGCCACUUCAUCAGGCACGCAGGCAAUUUCAAUCAUUAUCGAACUCAUCCGGAAAAAUAACUCUGAUUAUUUUGAGCCGUACCUCUUUCACACUAUCCGAAAUCGACUUAUUCAAAUUCAACAGCAAAUGCACGUCCAGAGUGACGAGGGGCGCGAAUCCCUUGAGCAAGCAUUUAAUGAUAUGGUCGAUAGAAUGGGAGUCGUCCACCUCGGUCCUUUACUGGAGAUCAUGUGCGACCGCUUAGAGAGGUUCCAGCAACUACUGCAUAAGCCUCGUUCCUCGGGCGAGACCAUUCCGACGACUAUCGGACCACUAGCGCCAUUAACAUUUGAACGAUUCCGGAUAUGUGAGCUUUACGCGGAGUUAUUACAUUGCUCCAACAUGUCUCUUCUUAAUCGACCACCCGAAUUCGACGCCUUAUAUGACGAUGAAGGUCGUCUCAAAGGCGGCUUAUCCGCAAUGGAGGAUUUGGCUCGUGUCAUUGCGAUUGGCUCGGGUGCAGAAGACCAGAGUGGGAUGGAUGGCGACGGAGACGAAAUGGAGCCAGCACAGGAACUUCCCAUUCAUUCUACCGAUUUGUCUAGCUUGGAAUACUCUGAUGAGGAUGAGGACAUGAGUGCAGGAGACGACAGCAGCAGUGCUGGUGAAGAACGAAUGGACGAAAUUGACAUGAACGAGGACAAUCGCAAUUCCUCACCUCCACCUGUCUCUCCUCGCGACGCCGACACGCCAAUAGAUCGCUCUCCUUUAGCAGUGGCUUCCUCUCCUUUGGCAGUGACAUCCUCUCCACUAGCGGUCAGUAUGCCCGCUCCCAAUGAACUUUCGCCUCUGGGACAGGCAAUUCCUCGAAGUCAAACCCGAUCACCCUCAGUGACGGGAUCUGAUCGUUCAUCUAUCAUUUCUCGCCCUGCUUCAACAGGAUCAAGACGUAUGAAGCGCUCUGGAAUGAUGGGCAACUCGGGAUAUCUUCCUGUUGGUGACAAACUAAAGCAACGUUUCUCGGAAACGAGAGUGCUUUCCACACUUCUGGACUUAUUCUUCUCAUUUCCUUGGAAUAACUUCUUACAUAGCGUCGUGUAUGACGUUCUGCAUCAGAUCCUAACUGGACGAGUGGAUCAAGGGUUGAAUAGGGAACUGACAAUCGCUUUAUUCCGGGAUGCCCGCCUUUUAAAUCGUAUCAUCGAAGCUCAAACGGAGAAUGAUGCUGAUAGCUCAAAACCUGGACAUGUUCGAUUAGGAUACAUGGGUCACUUGACCUUAAUCUCCGAGGACGUUAUUGGGGCUCUCGAACACUAUCCACCCAAUCUCAGGCUUCUGCUCGCUCAAUAUGCUCCACAACCGGAUUGGGAUGAAUACGUGAGUGGUCGGUACCACGAGACGAAGGUGAGGGAUACGAGUCUAUUGGGUGGUGGUAAACCUGUGGUCAUGUCCAAUGCAUCUCGGGGGGCGACAAAGUGGAAGGUAGACGAAGCAGAGAUAGGUCUUACUCCACCACCCCCUGGAGCGAAUGGUACAGAAACGACCAAUCUGGGCGAGCCAUUGUCGGAAAUGAAGGGUGAAUUCAGGAGAACGAGCCGACUUACUCGCGAGUCAAGUGCAGAUUUUGGAAUUACGCCUGUUUCACAUGAUGAGGAAGAUGAUAAUGGUCCCCCACAGGUAGAUUGGUUAUCACCCUAUCUUGCACAGGCUAUGUCUACACAUAUAACUUCCUCCGAUGACGAUGGUUCUGAUGAGGAAGAUGAGCAGGGAGGCUGGCUGGCGCAGAAGUUCGAUAUUGCUGACCCUCCUGUAUCUGCUCGGAGUCAUUCAUCGGACCGGAGGCCACUGGAUCCAGGCGGUUUUGAAGAUGCAUUUACUCCAAGUGCGGCUGCUCCAUCGACCUCCUCUACUGUCAAUGCGUUUGAAGAUAACUUUGCUUUCGAUGACGAUCAUUUUGGUCCCUUCACAGACGCUGCUGCUUCCUCAGGAAGUGAUCCGUUCUCUAACUCAUUCACAAGCGCUUCGGAGGAUGCAGACGAAGCGUCGUUCGAAAACUUUGGUGAUUUCGGCGAGUUUCAAACGGGUGAUGGCGAAAUGACUCCAACUGGUGGGAGUUGGUCAUUCGCCAGCGACGCAAGCAUUAGCUCUGGUGGUUCAGACGACGUUGAAGUUGUCGAUGUUGCGAGUUCACCUCAAGACCAUCGGACAGAUGCACAAAAGUAA